AUGAAAGGUCGCGAGCAUUUGCAUCCCUCGGUCCGUGCACUUCCAACUUUGUCGCUCGUAGAGAUGCACGAACUCCAGCAGCUGUCAACACACUUGGACUGGUGCGAACGCGGCUUUUGCGUUCCAAGUUGGAACCAGCACGUGCCGCAGUAUUGCGGGUCGUGUUAUGCCCACGGUGCCAUGUCAAGCGCCCAGGACCGGAUCAAGCUCCUCAAUGCACGUCGGAAAUACACGGGCGCUGACGUCAUGCUCGGUCGUCAGAGCUUCCUCAAUUGUGCACCGGGUCACGGCCUUUCUUUUGGCUGUGAUGGGGGUGAAGCCCAAGACGUGUACGAGUUCAUGCGCCGCUAUGGCUUGCCAGACGAGUCGUGCUUGCCCUACAAUGCAACGGACCACACGAAAUUCACGACGACCGGUAAUAGCACGUGUCCACCUAUUGGUUACUGCAUGAACUGCAUGUAUACUCCAACGAGUACCAAGACACCCCAUUGUUUUCCCGUGACCAAGGUGGUGCGGUACCGUGCUAAGAGCUACGGGCACUUGUCAGGGGAGCUUGCUAUGAUGAAGGAGCUCAUGACGGGGGGUCCCAUUACGUGCGGCAUUGCUUGCAGUCGAGAGUUCACUUACGAGUACAAGGCUGGGAUUCUCGAGGACAAGACAGGAUUCAUGGACAUUGACCACGACGUGGAAGUUGUUGGCUGGGGGGAAGAAAAUGGCACCAAGUACUGGCACGUUCGCAACUCGUGGGGAACGUAUUGGGGCAUGAAUGGCUUCUUUAAGAUUGUGCGUGGCAAGAACAAUCUAGGUAUCGAGGCCGACUGUGCUUUCAUUGAACCGGAUAUUAGCGAUGAAGAGCUCGUGUGGGAGGAAACACCCAUCUACGGAGGCUCGAUUUUCGGUAUCGUCCCGUUCAAAGAAGAUGCAAGGGACCAUGUAAUCAAGGACACGACCGAGGACAUCCCACAUGUCGAUGAUCAAGUGCUAAAAGCUCAUUAUCUACCUGAUGACGUAGGACCACUUACAAGUGAGCCCAAGGGACAUGAAGGCACCACGUCGCUCAUUGCGCCUGCAAUCAUGCUCUUUACGUCCGGUUGUGUCUGCGCAACACUCGCUGCGGUGUUCAUCACGAAGUUUCGUGGUCACCGUGACGUGUACCGAGCGAUCCCGUAG